CGGCUUACCACCUUCAUCUUAGGAAUGAUCACUGUUCAUUGCCUUUCGCGCCGCGCAGAUGAACUCUCUGAAAGGCCUCAUCCAUCACAAAUAUUAUAGCAGGUGUGACAAUGGGUUUGAUACCCGAGACUAUGAUUGCUUCUGCCAAUGUGAAGAGGGGUUUCAGGCUCUCAACACUUGGUCAAUUUGCUGUAUCAGUGCAACGAACAAUAAUUUAAAGAUGAGUGAAACAAAUUUCACUCAACAUGAAUGCCCCAGCAACACUACAGUGUUACAAGACAAAGACCGCCCAAACCGUACCCUGUCUACAUAAAUUUCUUUCCUGAAUUGCCCUGAGUUUCCCCUUCUCACCACAGAACAGAGCACAACUUCAACUGGAGGCACUUCUACUCAACUCCACCGCGAAAACCUUGAGCGUAAA